CCUUAAUUGCCUGCUGCUCUCUUGCUACUCUUGCGCUCCGUUUCUCCUCAGUGUGAACUAGCCGCUUUUCUCUGUCAACUGGGAAUGCUAAAACAGAACUGAUGGACAUUUCCGAACUUUGCAUCUCAGACCCUCUCAGCUACCACAACCAUGUGAAAGGGAAUGGAUUAAGAAUAGAGAGAGGCGGCGUAUCUUGCCCGAUUCUGCACUGUCGGCUGCUAGGCAGAAUGUCCACAGAUGAGCGGCACCUCACCUCCAGUUGUGGAUCCUUCAUCAAGACUGAGCCAUCCAGCCCCUCCUCUGGCAUUGACGCCAUCAGCCACCACAGUCCAAGCGGUUCAUCUGAUGCCAGUGGUGGCUAUGGCAUCACAAUAGGUGGCCACCCCAAUGGCUUGGACUCUCCACCCAUGUUCAGCAGCACAGGGAUUGGUGGCGGGCCCUGCCGCAAGCGGUAUGAUGACUGUGCCAGUGCCAUCAUGGAAGACUCACCCACCAAGUGUGAAUAUAUGCUCAAUGCCAUCCCUAAAAGGUUGUGCCUAGUGUGUGGGGACAUUGCAUCUGGAUACCACUAUGGAGUGGCCUCCUGUGAAGCAUGCAAAGCCUUUUUCAAACGAACAAUUCAAGGGAACAUUGAAUACAGCUGCCCAGCUACCAAUGAGUGUGAAAUCACAAAACGGCGGCGCAAGUCCUGUCAGGCCUGUCGCUUCAUGAAAUGCCUCAAAGUGGGGAUGCUGAAAGAAGGAGUUCGCCUUGACCGAGUUCGUGGAGGCCGCCAAAAGUACAAAAGAAGACUGGACUCAGAGAGCAGCACUUACCUGAGCUUACAGAUCCCACCACCAGCCAAAAAGCCACAUUCCAUGCACAUAGAGGACAUGGAGGCAGUGCAGAAACUCCAAGACCUUCUCCAUGAAGCUCUUCAGGACUACGAGCUGAGCCAGCGCCAUGAGGAGCCACGGCGGGCAGGCAAGCUGCUGCUGACCUUGCCCCUCCUGCGGCAAACAGCCGCCAAGGCCGUGCAGCAUUUCUACAGCAUCAAACUUCAGGGCAAGGUCCCCAUGCACAAACUGUUCCUAGAAAUGCUGGAGGCCAAAGUCUGA